AUGGCUAUUGUUACUGCUUCUGCUCAUCUUUCUCUGAAUCUCUCUUCCCCUCUGCUGCGUGCCUCUGUAGCUUCCUCCAAAUGCUUCCCUAUGGAAAUGUCGCCUGCAAUAUCAUCAGCAAACAAAAGAAGAGCUCUCCCAUGUCCUCUUGUGAUCAAGAACACCAGAAUUUCUAGUGUAGAUGUUGUUGAUGAGGCUGACCAGCAAAAAGAAUUAGGGAUGGAGAAGAAGCCCAACGAGACCCUUUUGUAUUCCCUCAGUCCUUUGCCUCUGCUGCUUGUGGCUGCUCUUCCUGGAGCUGGAGCUGUGACAUCUCUGUUCGAGCCUUUCGUUGAGCUCGUCAAAUCAUUUGGUCUUCCUGGCUGGCUUGUGCAUUGGGGUCACCCAGGAAACAUGGCUGUGGUGCUUUUUGCCAUGGGAGGCUAUGGAACAUAUCUUGGUUACCGGAUACGGUAUUCUGACGAUGUGGAGGAGAAGGCCAAUGCCAAAGACUUGCACCCUAAGCUUCUAGCUGGCAUGUUUUUCUUUUUUGCUCUUGGAGCAACUGGUGGAGUAACUUCUCUUCUCACUUCAGACAAACCCAUUUUUGAGAGCUCUCAUGCUGUCACAGGGCUUAUUGGCCUUGGCCUCUUGACCAUACAAACCAUUUUACCUGCUUUGUUUGAGGGCAAACCUCAAUUGAGAACUGUUCAUGGGGUCCUGGGUACUGGGAUCAUGACAUUGUUUGUUGUCCAUGCUGCCCUUGGGCUUCAACUUGGCCUAAGCUACUAA